AUGCUGUUCAACAGUCUUGCUCCCCUCGCCGUUGCCAUCGGCGCCACCUGGGUGCCACUGGCACAGGCUCUCAGCGACCAGGCUCUCCACAUGCCCCGCGUCCUCGUCUACACCAUGACUGCUGGUUUCCGUCACGACUCGAUCCCCACUGCCAUCGACGUGCUGAGGGAAAACGCUGCCAACUACAGCAUCGACUUUACCUUUACCGAGGACCAGUACUUCUUCACCGAUGAGAACCUGUCGGCCUUUGACAACAUCAUGUUUAUCCACACCACCGAGGAGGUCCUCGACACCAGUGGAAAAGCCGCUUUGGCCCGUUAUUUCCAGUCCGGUGGUAGCUGGACCGGCGUGCACGCCUCCUCCUCAUGUCUUUACAACGACACCGCCUUUGGUCAGGUACUCGGAGCAUACUUCGACUUCCACCCCUACCAGCAGAAUGCUACCUUCAUGCCGACUACCCACGACCACCCCUCUACCGCCAACAUGCCCGACCAGUGGACCUACAUGGAGGAGGUUUAUUUCUUCGGCACCGACCCCCGCGCCAACGGUGCCAAGGUCGUUGUCACCGUCAAUGACUCGAGCUACGUCAACAAUGUUGGCGACUGGCCUCCCAUGGGCUCCCCUCACCCCAUUGCUUGGUACAUUGAGGAGCCAACCUCGGCCAAGCCCCUUCUGGACGGUGCCCCCAAGACCGGCCGUUCGUUCUACACCGCCCUCGGCCACUUCAACGAGACCUGGCACGACCCCAUCUUCAUGGACCACCUCAUCGGCGGCUUGACCUGGACUCUUGACGGCGGCUCGACCAAGGCCUACGGUGUCGGUCUCGUCGGCAGCAACAACAUCACUCUCCCUCCCAAGCCCUCGCCGACUCCCAGCCCCUCGAACGCUGAUUCCGACUCGUCGGCCACCAAGACCGCAGCAGUCACUGGACAGGUGGCUGUCAACAAGAGUGGCAGUGGUAUCCGGUCCAUCGCCACCACCCCUGCUGCCGUUCUUGCCCUGAUGGCCGCUGGCGUCGCUGCCCUCUUGUAG